AUGGAUGAUGAAUUGAUGAAUGUAACAUAUUUAACAUUUUGGGGGCAUGUGGAUGUAGCCAAAUACAGGUAUGUUUAUUUUGUGGUAAUAUUUGCAGUAUAUAUUCUAAUCAUCUGCAGUAAUUCUACUAUUGUGUGUCUCAUCUGGAUUCACAAAAACCUCCAUGAGCCUAUGUACAUUUUCAUUGCAGCCUUGUUAAUCAACUCAGUUCUUUUGAGCACUACUGUCUACCCAAAGCUGUUGGUCGACUUUUUAUCUGAGAAACAGAUCAUAUCAUAUUCAGCCUGUCUCUUUCAGUUUGAUAUAUUUUACUCCUUACUCAGUUCAGAGUUCUUGUUGUUGGCAGCCAUGGCCUAUGACAGGUAUGUGUCCAUAUGUAAACCUCUGCAGUAUCCAGUUAUCAUGAGAAAAACUACUCUUUGUAUUCUCUUACCUUUAGCUUGGCUUAUGCCUGCAUGUCAGAUGGCAGUAGCAACUGGUUUGACUGCCAAAGAAAAACUCUGUAGCCAUACUUUACAAGGAAUCUUUUGCAACAAUGUAAUUUACAAACUUCAGUGUGUGAUUUCAACAACACGUACUAUACAUGAUAUGAUCAUGCUUGUCAAUUUUGCAAUUCUCCCUGUGCUUUUCAUACUUUUUACCUACAUCAGGAUACUUAUAAUAUCCUAUCGAAGCAGUAGAGAAGUCAGAAAAAAAGCUGCACAGACCUGUUUACCUCAUCUGAUCGUUUUGAUUAACUUUUCUUGUUUGUGUACAUACGAUGUCAUUAUAGUUAGACUGGAAUCACACAUUCCAAAGAUUGUAAGUUUAAUAAUGAGUUUACAAGUGAUUUUAUAUCAUCCUCUCUUUAAUCCAAUCAUUUAUGGACUGAAAAUGAAAGAAAUAUUUAAACACCUGAAGAAGUUGUUCUCCCAAGCCAAAACUAAGCCAUAA